CCACAACAUACGCAGGGUAACUUUUACACACUGACAUGGACUCAUUCGUGUUACACGAUGCAAGUCAUAUUUGAAACGUCUGGGAGCAAACAAUUAACUCUCUACCAGCUCAAGAUGUUUUCGGAAGAUGCUUGGAACAGAAUGUGAACGUCUAAACUUUCAGCAAGUUGCACGGCGAGGACUGCGAGCAGCAGCGUGUCACUGCCACACAAAGAAGCAUCAACCGGCAGAACAGAGAUGAAGCACUGCGAACCAGACGUUCUUUCCUCGGUCUCACUUGUGCGUUUAUUCAGUCAAGAGGCGGACUCAUGAUUCGGAAGGGGGUUCGGAUUUUGUUGCUCGGUGUUGCAUGGACAGUUGGCAAUCUAAUCGUAUGUGAUUAUGUCUGAUCCAAGUUACUGGAGCGCUGUGCCUGGCAGCAGCAUAGCUCAUUUUGUGAGGGGUGCGAUGCUCAAGCGAUCCAAAAGUUGCCGUAGCAGUAAUAGGAAGAGCCUUGGUGUAGGAACGCCGUCACCCACCCGGCCUCUCUCACCUCUCUCCACCCACACAGUUGCCAGCAGCCCUUUAGACAGCCCACGAAAUGUGUCCACUGCUAUUUGCUCACUCAACUUCCCUUUUGCCCGCAGCCACCUGGCUCGAGCUGACAGAGCGGAAGGGAGACGGUGGUCUUUGGCUUCCCUUCCAUCAUCAGGUUACGGGACCAACCCCCCCAGCUCAACCGUCUCAUCUUCAUCCUCAUCUCAAGAGCGACUCCACCAGCUUCCAUACCAACCCACACAGGACGAACUUCAUUUUCUGUUCAAACACUUCCGAAGUUCGGAGAGCAUGACUGAGGAAGAUGGGCGGCCCUCACCAUUCAUACGGCCCCGGUCACGUAGCCUUAGCCCUGGACGAACAGGUGGCUCAUUUGAUAAUGAAAUUAUAAUGAUGAACCAUGUCUAUAAGGAACGCUUUCCAAAGGCCACCGCUCAGAUGGAGGAGCAUUUGCUGGACAUCAUCAGGCAGUGUUCCUCGGACAGCACCCUCCCAUUGGGUGAUGGAGUCCUGGGAUUUAUCCAGCACCAGCUGGUGGAGCUUGCCAGAGACUGUCUGGAUAAAUCCCAGAAAGGCCUGAUCACAUCCCUGUACUUCAUUGAGCUGCAGGAUAAACUAGAAAAACUGCUGUAUGAGGCUCUGGAGCGCUCUGAGAGUGAGGAGGUAUCAGUUAUCACCCAACUGGUGAAGAAGAUUCUCAUCAUCAUCUCACGCCCUGCACGACUGCUGGAGUGUCUGGAGUUUGACCCUGAAGAGUUUUAUCAUCUACUAGAGGCUGCAGAAGGUCACGCCAAGGUCGGCCAGGGCAUCAAAACGGAUAUUCCCCGAUAUAUAAUCAGCCAGCUUGGGCUCAACCGAGAUCCCCUUGAUGAAGUUGUGCAGCUAGAGGAGCAGUUUGAUUCUGGCCCCACACUGACUGUUGAUUUAGAAGAAUCUGCAGAGCAGAAUAAAUCCUUACCCACACCAUCACGAAGGAAACCACUGGAGAGUGAUUUUGAGACCAUAAAACUCAUCAGUAAUGGGGCUUAUGGGGCUGUGCAUCUGGUAAGGCAUAAAGAAACUCGCCAACGAUUUGCCAUGAAAAAGAUCAAUCGACAGAACCUGAUUCUGCGGAACCAGAUCCAGCAGGUGUUUGUGGAGCGAGACAUACUGACGUUUGCAGAGAACCCUUUUGUAGUUAGCAUGUUCUGCUCUUUCGAGACACGGAGGCACCUGUGCAUGGUUAUGGAGUAUGUGGAAGGUGGAGACUGUGCCACUCUGCUGAAAAACAUGGGCCCACUUCCUGUGGAUAUGACCAGGAUGUACUUCGCAGAGACAGUUUUGGCUCUUGAGUACCUCCACAGUUAUGGCAUUGUGCACAGGGAUCUCAAACCAGACAACCUCUUGAUUACUUCGAUGGGACAUAUUAAACUCACUGAUUUUGGACUCUCUAAAAUCGGCCUCAUGAACAUGACCACCAAUCUGUACGAAGGCCACAUUGAGAAGGACACCAGGGAGUUCAUUGACAAGCAGGUUUGUGGCACUCCAGAGUACAUUGCUCCGGAAGUGAUCUUGCGGCAGGGCUAUGGGAAACCUGUGGACUGGUGGGCUAUGGGCAUCAUUUUGUAUGAGUUCCUGGUUGGAUGUGUUCCAUUCUUCGGAGACACACCGGAAGAGCUUUUUGGGCAGGUUGUCAGUGAUGAGAUUAUCUGGCCAGAUGGAGAUGAUGCCCUUCCUGUAGACGCCCAGGACAUGAUCACACGAUUACUGAAACAAAGCCCACUUGAGAGACUUGGAACAGGAGGUGCCCCAGAGGUAAAGCAGCAUAUGUUCUUCAAUGGUCUGGACUGGAACGGACUCCUGCGUCAGAAAGCUGAAUUCAUCCCUCAGCUGGAGGCAGAAGAUGACACUAGUUAUUUUGACACACGAUCUGAACGCUACCAUCAUUUGGCCUCUGAUGAGGAUGAUGAAACUAAUGAUGAAGAAUCUUCCCUCGAAAUACGACAAUUUUCAUCUUGGUCAAAUCGCUUCAGCAAGGUUUACAGUAGCACGGAGCACCUGGCCACCCCAUCCAACCUAAGUUUCUCCUCCGACCGGAGUCACAGUGAAGAGAUGGAGGACCGGGCAGAAGGAAGAGAAACUCACUCCCUUGGAGAGAUCCAACGCCAGGCAUCCACUGGUGACAAGAGGCUCACUGCACAGAGGGCAUGCCUGCGUCCUCGGACUUCCUCCAGCUCCUCUCAGCCUGAGCGUGCCGUGAGCCCCCUAGUGGUGAGCAGCACACACAGCCUGGAGGCCAUGCCUCGAUUCACCCUGUCCACAGACGAUGAGGCUGAAGUCGUCGUAACCAACCUGCGGCGGAUCAGACUACGUAGCAACAGCACUGGAACAAAACACUCGUCGUCAAGGGAACAAGGGAGUCCUCAGUGCUUUGGGAAUCAACUGGAGACGCCUGACAGGCAGCACCUCUCACCAGGACGCAAAGUCCCCAAAUCUGCUUCAGUGUCCACUCUCUCACUCAUCAUCACGCCAGAUGAUGGGAGUGGCAGUCUGCAGGCUCGAUCCAUUUCCCCUCGCUCGAUUUCUUCUAACCCAUCAUCCCGAGACUCCUCCCCCAACCGAGAUCUGUCCCUCAGCAUUAGCAGGCUUCGCCCACCCAUCAUCAUCCACAGCUCUGGGAAGAAAUAUGGCUUCACCCUGCAGACCAUUCGUGUUUACAUGGGGACCAGUGACAUCUACACCAUACACCAUAUGGUCUCGGGUGUGGAGGAGAGCAGCCCUGCCCAUGAGGCUGGCCUGCGAGCUGGAGAUCUGAUCACUCAUGUGAAUGGAGAGUCUGUGCAGGGUCUCGUGCACACAGAGAUGAUGGAGCUUCUGUUGAAGAGUGGGAACCAGGUCUCCCUGCAGACCAUCGCCCUGGAGGACACAUCCAUAAAGAUUGGGCCAGCACGUAAGAGCAGCUGUAAGGGAAAGAUGGCUCGACGCAGCAAGAGAAGCAAGUGGAAGGACAAUCAGGAACGGAGGCGUGGUGUGCUGAAGAAGCUGUCUAAACAAAGUACUGUCAUGCAUAGUAGCCGGAGUUUCUCCUCUGGGCUGCAUCACUCUGUGUCCUCCAGUGAGAGUUUGCCAGGGUCUCCCACCCACAGCAUUUCCUCUGGACCCACUACACCCUGCCGAAGCCCUGUCCCCGACCACCCCACUGAUGCCAGCCUCCCCCUGAACACCUCUCCAUGCUCCAGCUCCCCAAGUUCACCGGCAGUCCAGAUGCGACCUAGCUCUCUGCACGGUCUCGGGUCCAAACUCGGCAACCAGCGCUACACUAAAGUGGGAAGACGGAAGUCCACCAGCAGCAUCCCACCCUCUCCUUUGGCCUGCACUUCCUCACCACAGGCCCUGUCCCCCCAGCGCUCCCCCUCUCCCUUACCCAGCAUUUCCAAAACCCUCCACCACUCUUUCCACGGCAAGACUCUAUCUCCCCCCACCAUCAUUCGGCAUGUGGUCAGACCUCGAAGUGCAGAACCUCCCCGUUCCCCUCUGUUGAAGAGAGUCCAGUCUGCAGAGAAACUCUCGGGGGCUUUAUUCGCUGACAAAAAGACCCCACGCAGACACACACUGGAGGUCCCCCAUUGUGAGGUGGACGUUCCAGGGGAUGUUGAGGGCGAGGGGCCAGUAUAUACAGCAGACCACGGCAGGCUGGGUGGGUACCUGUGUGUGCAGAGAUUGCGGGACUGGCCUGGUGAACGGAUGGAACAGAUUGUCAUAAUGCGCAAGCUGAAUCUUUCAGAGCGCCGAGAUUCCUUCAAGAAACAGGAAGCUGUGCAGGAAGUGAGCUUCGACGAGCCAGAUGACAGAGCUCCCCAGAUCCCUGCUCAGACAGUCACGUCAGCUGGUGCGCGACCCAAGCAGGCAGAAAGGAUGACGGGUGAAAUGCAAUCAGAGGACGAUUGUAUGGUGAGGAGAAAUCCACUGGUUCCUCAGAUCGCCGUGCAAGGAUCAGAAAGCGAAGAGGCUGAUGACUGGAGGCUUUGCUCGGAUGAGGAGGAAGAAGACGCAGAGGAAAAGGAAAGCAUCUCGCGUACUCCGAGUCAGGGUGACCCUCAGGCUGACUGCACUGCUACACACCUCAACAGCUGCGCAUGAAGCCACUGAGACGAAUGCAGAUACAUCAAAGCAAGAGAAAGGCAAACUGAAAAAGAGAAAUAAAGGAGAGCUUCAUCUGCACUGGCUUCUCAGAGCAUCUGCUGAGAUGUUUGUUACAACUUGGAAUUCAAAGAAUGGAGUUAAUGUAUUACAGUAUGUUAAAGGAUUAGUUCUCCCAAGAAGGAAAAUUCUGUCAUUUACUCAGUCAGUGGUGACAGUAUUUUUAUUUUUGGGGAAAGUAUUUAUUUAACGUGUAAAUUGGAGUAAGCUAGUCUUAUGCAGGGAGUAUUUAUGCUUUUUUUCAUUUAUGAUGCACAUUUGAGAGGUACUGUUGGCCAAAACAAGAAAAAAACAUGGUGACUACAUUUUUCUCACCUUCUGUGUACCUGCUGAGGAGAGAAAUUGAAUGAUUAGAUUUUUCUAUGAAAAUGUAUGAAAACUUCAAGCUUUGAAUCCAUUUCAUCCUCCAAGAGUUCAAGCUCUUAAUUUUUUACACAAACUUCAUGUCGGAUUUAAAAGCUACUAGUUCAAAUGAUGUUUGAAUGAAAGUGUCAUGUGGCCCUUUUUAUGUGUAAUUACACAGAAUCUCAAAGAGAUGCCAGAGCAAGUCGUUUUAAAUCAUCUAUGCUAUGAAUAAUGGACUAAGUGUGCCUACUGUUAGGUUUCAAACUGUGGGAACCCACAGAUCACUUGAAAUAGUCAUUUGUAGUGCAUGUUGGUCAUUUUAUGUCUACAUGAAUUUCAUGCUUCAAACCAAAUAUUCUUCGUUUUACUCCAUUUAAAUUGUUUUUUUGUUUUUUUUUAGAUUUUAGAUUAUUAUUUAAAAACUAAAAGUCCCUCCCUAAUGCUCAGUGCUUAGUGAUAAGGCUGACAUUGCUAUGAAUUUAGCAGUCACUUUUCAUACUAGAUUUAUUACAUUUUUUUUGUUUGUUUUGUUACUAGCAUCCAAAGUUUUCAUCUUGUUCAACAUGAAUAGGUAACACAAAUUUUAAAGGUAAAACUUUUCACCUAUUAUUUUUUUUCACCAUGUUCCCACAGGUUGGUGUUUUUUUUUGGGGGGGGGGG